UAACUCACCAAUUUUAGACCUUAACCAGUCGGAAUAAGGUUGAAGAAUGUUCAGUUAAUUAUGCCGAGGAGACAAGUAGACUCGCCUCACUUGUUCAGGCAAUUUCAGUCUCUCGCUGUGUGUCGUGGCGAGCGCGCGUGUCGCCCUCCCGUGCCCGCGUCGUGAAUAAUUUAAAACCCGACCGAUAUUCUUAAGGUUACAGCCUAUUUCCACACGAAAAUCUAUUAUACUUAAAAAUUAUACUUUAAUUAACUUGUGAUUGUGUAGUGGAAACUUAUGGGCUACUGAUGUGUGUGAGCGUGCGUCGUUCGCCUGUCGAUUCGGUGUGUUAAGUAAGUUUUUUGAAGUGUUCGCGAGUGUGUUCUUGUGGGUGAGCACCCUGGUAUUUAGUCUGUGGAAAGAAACGGCAUGGUAUGAGCAGUGCGGUGGGCGCGCAAUGCGGCGCGCGCCGCUCGCGCAUCCCGCCGCCCUUGCCGUCGCGCUAUCCAUAUUGCUACGACUUGUUAACGCUGGUUCAAUGGGUCCCGGGGUACCUGAGAACAUCACAGUGACGUUCCUGAACCCCACCACGGUGCGAGUGUCGUGGUCCACCACGGCGGACUUGGUGGAGAAGUAUGACGUCACGUAUAAGCCUUCUGACGCGAGUUACAGAGUGGUUCUGGAGGUGGCCGGGAACUCUGACGCGGUCAUCCUGAGCGGACUGGAGGCGGACACGCAGUACCAGGUCACCGUCGCCGCGUUGUGGGGGGGCCACAAGUAUAGGAGUAGACCUAUUGUCUUCCGCACACUGGAGCCGCCGCGGACGUCACCGCAGCAGGACGGGGGGCUGGCUGGCACGGCGAGGUCUUCAGUGAGCCCGCCCGAUCCCUCACCUACCUUCCCUACGAUACGAGGGGUAGAAAUCGGCAUAGUAGUGCUGGUCCUUCUGGUGUGGAUCGGCGCCAUAGCACUGUUCUUCAACCGCUGGGGCAAGAUACGCAUGCUUCUGCCGUAUCAGCCCGACUAUAAGCAGGAGCAGUUGAAGGUGCCCGGCAGCAGCGCACUUGCAGCAGCGGCAGCAGGCGGGCAGUGCGCCCAUUCUGCGCCAUCAGCCUGUUCGCACAUGCGUUGGUCGCACACUCACACGCAGAGCUUGGAGUGUGAGGAGCGUCUGCUGGCGCGCUGCAGUCGGCCUCGGGUCAACUCGGCUAUCUUCGUGUCGGCCGAGCCUGCGGGCUUUGCUGGCUUCGACGCGAGCGAGUUCUUGAGAAGACACGGCUCGCAGUCCAAAUUGUGUCGGAAGGCUAGAUCCGCCGACAACAUUCCUCUAACGUCAAUGAGCGACUCAUCAGAACGGCUUUGCAAAGCCAAGGCGCCUCGCGAAGAAACGAUCAGCGAAGAAGCCAAAUCAGAUGACACGGGCAGCGUCGAAACAGUCAAACACUUCGGCUUGCCCAUCCUCUCCGUCUCCGGACCCUCACCCCCUGACGAAGACUACGACCAAAUAGACGAGUACCUGUAGCAUUUCCACACCAGUUUCCAGCUCAAAUACGUGCUGGAAAAGCUGAGGCCACCCUGGCCCAGCCCCGCACAAAGCCCUUGAGACUUCUGCACUGGACUUCUUGUGUUUCGUUUUGUGAUAGCUGCCUUUAGACGGACGGAUUGUCUAGUGGGACCAUAGUCUUUAGUAUGGCGGGUGUUUCCAGUUUAAACCCUGUGGUAUUCCUCUCCUUUACAUUGUAUUUAUUGUAACUAUCCAAUGUGUGUUUAUCAUAAGUAAAACGACAAUUUUAAUGUUCACUUUAAAUAUUAUAGGGUAGAUGAAUAAUUCGAAUUUUAAAAUAAUUGUAAUAAUGUCAGUGUAGUGAUACUGUAACGAGG